ACUGAACCUCAUGCGCGUUCUAAGCUGCCUUGAGUUGGAGCUUCACAACACCAUUGAAACUUUGACACUUUUCGCCUUUUUCCUCAUCCUCUGUUCUCCUCAAGAUACCCUCUCACAUCUAACAACAGAUCAACAAAUUCAAUAUGGACCGAUUAAAUCGCAUGUUGGCCAAUGCUGGAGGUAUGGGAGGCAUGAAUUCUGCUGUACCUGGAUCUGUAAGCUAUUUUAUUUCCAAAUUCAGCAGACUGAGCUCGAAUAUUGGUGAAAUUACUGAUACUAACCUCACACAAUUUUUAGGAUAACUCAAAUCUGAUCGAUAACUCCGAAACCGUAUAUAUCUCUUCGUUGGCGCUACUGAAGAUGUUGCGACAUGGCAGAGCUGGUGUACCUAUGGAAGUUAUGGGUCUGAUGUUGGGAGAGUUCGUGGAUGAUUUCACAGUUCGAGUUGUGGAUGUAUUUGCAAUGCCGCAAAGUGGUACAGGUGUCAGUGUCGAGGCAGUAGAUCCAGUAUUCCAAACGAAAAUGAUGGAUAUGUUGCGACAGACAGGACGGUUCGUACACUCUUCUCUUCCCUGCGAACCAAGGUUCUAAUAUUUAUCUUCUGCAGACCCGAAACUGUCGUUGGCUGGUACCAUUCACAUCCAGGUUUUGGCUGCUGGCUAUCAUCUGUAGAUAUCAACACACAACAAUCAUUCGAGCAAUUGACACCUCGAGCAGUUGCCGUUGUUGUUGAUCCUAUUCAAUCCGUCAAGGGCAAAGUCGUUAUUGAUGCUUUCCGUCUAAUCAAUCCACAAUCUCUCAUGCUCGGACAAGAACCUCGCCAAAGUACAUCCAAUCUAGGGCAUCUUAAUAAACCUUCUAUCCAAGCGCUUAUUCACGGCCUCAACAGACAUUACUAUAGCAUAGGAAUCAACUACCGCAAAACUGCCUUGGAAGAGAAUAUGUUGAUGAAUUUGCAUAAACAUGUAUGGACUGAAGGCCUGCAGAUGGAUGAUUUCCGAGUUGAGGGAACUCGAAACACCGAACGAUUACAGAAAUUAGUUGGACUUGCUGAAGGUUAUGAGAAGCGUGUCAAGGAAGAAACUGAAAUGACUAAAGAUCAAUUGAAGACUAGAUACGUUGGAAAGGUUGAUCCGAAGAAACAUUUGGAGGAUGUUGGACAAAAACUUAUUGAAGACAACAUUGUUUCAGUUUCAAGACAGAUGAUUGACAAGGAGGCAUCUGCACCAAAGGAGAAGAAUGGAGCAAAUGGGCACGCACCACAGGACAUGGAUGUUGAUGAAGAAUUGUAACGAUUUCCACAUGACACUGUAUAAUAGGCGUUCGGCUGCUAGUUAGAGCUUAGCAUAAAAAACUCUACAUGACAUAGUUGGUCUGGAGAUGGAGUUAAUGCAGCUUGGUUCUGAACCUAUAUUUGUUUAUGCUAUAAAUAUGAUGUGAGAGUUGCAGCAUACAUACACAGUAUUAGGGAAUUUGACUUAAACCUG